GCUUCCGUAUUGCGAUCCCCUGAGCCAUGUUUCCGAAAAACACAUAACACUGCAUUCUCGAUACUCCCACUGGUUCCUUGCCAGCACCAGCAGUUCCUCUAUUUUCGGGGCGAGAGAACUUACAUUCCCCAUUACAACAGAGGGAAUAGAGGGCUUGUAUGUAUGCCACAUGGCUUUCAGCUUCACCCCAGCCCUGCAUCCCCAAUGCCGCCUUUUCAGAUCCGCCGGGAUGGCAUAUUUUUGUCCAUGGCAUCGUGAAUACGCCGCGCGUUCAACCACCUCUUCUCGGAUGUAGGUUGUAGCGUCCAUAGGCUAACUACGGUAACGCCACUAUAAGCCUUUGAAUAAGUUAUUGAUCAAUAAUAAUAAUAAUAUAAACUUAAACGGUGGACAACUCUGCAGAAGUUCGAAGAAGUGACAUAAAAACAAGGUGGGACGAAGUGUUGUGAGGAGCGGAGGAUCUGGCAGUGAAACAAGGCUAUGUAGACUGUGAACAGAACACUGAAAACACACUGACAACCUGAAAGAUGUCUGGGACACCUCCCCCAGUGCGCCCUAGGAAUGCAUCAGGUAUUCGAGUCAUGCCCCAUAAUAGGCACCGUCAUUCUCAUGACCUCCCUGAAAAUGUCAAAGUGAAUGGUAGCAGUAGUGUGCCAAAACCCACAUCUUCAGUGAAUGCAGAGAGAGAAGUGGAGAUCCUGAACCACUGCUUUGACGACAUAGAGCGAUUCAUGGGACGCCUACAGCAAACUGCAGAGGCUCAGAGCAUCCUCAACCAGAACGGAACCAGGAAGAAGAGUAGGAAGAGCAAGAAGAAGAAGGAGCAGGACGAUGAUUUGCUGGCCCUGAAAGCCAGCUGUCCAGCUGAUGAGGAGUUUGUUGACAUCUUUCAGAAGAUCAAAUACUCCUUUAGUCUGCUGGAUCGGCUGAAAUCAUCAAUAACAGAUCCAUCCUCUGAGGAGCUCCUACAUCACAUCUUCAUUCCUCUGGACCUGAUGGUGAAGACCACCGGUGGACCAGAGAUGGGGGGGAUUGUGAUCAGUCCGGCUCUUACCAGUGGUGCCGUGUCUCUACUGCAGAAGCACUUGACAGAUAAAGAAAAGGAGCUUUGGACGUCACUAGGACCUUACUGGACCUUACACCGUUCACAGCUAGAUGAGUCCGUCCCUCCAUACACACCCGUUUUUCUAGAUGGGUGGAAGCCUGACCACUUUGACCUGGGAGGCCAACUUUGGGGGGACCCGGUCGAGUCGCAGCACAAACAGGACGCUCUCCCAAACACAGCAGCGAAGCCUUUGGACCAGACUAAUGAGGGACACCCCAGAGAUGGCAGUGAGCUCCCUCCUGAGGGCGAGAGAAUGUUCACCUGCAGCUACGACUUUGUGGCCAGGAACAGCAGUGAACUCUCGGUGCUGCAGGGAGAAACCCUUGAGGUGAUUGAGUCAUCAAAGCGUUGGUGGAAGUGCCGAAAUCGAUUUGACCAGAUUGGGUUUGUGCCCUUCAACAUUCUGGAGCCUCUGGCAGGAGGCGGCGAUGAGAGCGAUAGCUCAAAGGUACUCGUACAGUCCAAGAAGGAGCCCCUGGCUCCUCUGAAGCAGUUCUCCUAUUCCUUCUCCGGUCCUGAAGGGCCCAACCCCACUGCCGUGCCCCGCCGUCACCCAAGCAUGAACAUGGAGGUCCGAGACCAAGGCUUUAUGGCGAACAAUGAGCUUCUCCAGCGGCUAGCCAAUGGACGACCGGCAUCCGUCCGUCCCCUGGUCAUCCCCCGUACCACAGACACCUUGGCCCCGCUGGACUUCCACUCACCUCCUGCUGAGGUGGAGGACUGGCUGAGGGGGAAGGGCUUCACUGAGUCGACAGUCACUCUGCUGGGCAGACUCUCUGGUGCUGAGCUCUUUGCAUUGAACAAAGCGGACCUGCGUAUGUUUUCACCAGAAGAGGGCGCCAGAGUCUAUAGCCAGAUGAUGGUACAGAAGGCUCUACUGGAGGAUGUGCAUAAAGCCACUGAGCUGGAGACCAUGAUGGAGAAACAGAAGCAGAAGGUGGAUUCAGAGUUGGAGAGUGGAACACUGUGACCAUCACCAACAAGAUACACACAGACUCUGUAUCACUGAUCCACAGAUAUCCCUGAUUGAUGAACGUAAAUGCAAUAAUAUCACCAUCCUCGAUUAUAAGGACACAAACUCACUCCAUAGGUGUGUAUGGAUGCUCUGAUAAAGAUUUGACUUCUGAAGGGUUCCCCGAUAUUAAAUGUUUGUUAUAUUACCUUGUAAGUAGUUUAUGGACAUGGUAACACAACUAUUCAUGCAUUGGUUUUGUUUACAUAGCCACUGUCACCUAAGGAAUACAUAUCAGGAUGGCAGAAGACCAGAACCAAGUCAAUAGCCUUUUAUAAAAACAACUUUGUAUUACUCAUUGUCUUAUUAUUCUGUCUUAUAUAUAUGCAGCAAACAUAGCUGUGACAAACAUAGCUAAGCACAUUCUAACUAAUCUGUGUAAUCAGUUGAUUUGACUUUAAAAUAAUAAAUAAGUCAUUUGUUUUUUCUGAAUAUCAAUAAGAGCAACACUCACAGAACACUACACUGGGUUCUGUGGU